AUGGUACGUCCUGGAAUUGUGUUUCUCCUGGUCCUUUCUUUUGGUUUGCUACACCAUGGGAGUGGCCGGCCCUCCCGCACCAGGAAGGCAGAGCCCACCAGGCAGACAGCAGAUGAGGAUGAUGUGAAGACCCAGAUAGCCAAGCUGUGGCUGGAGGUGAACUCUCUGAAAGAAAUGCAGGCACUGCAGACAGUUUGCCUUCGUGGCAUCAAGGCCCACAAGAAAUGCUACCUGGCUGUUGAGGAGCUGAAGCAUUACCAUGAGGCCAAUGAGGAUUGCAUUGCACAGGGUGGUACCCUGGCCACCCCCCGGGACCUGAACGAAAACAAUGACCUGAGAGACUACGCCCAGAGGACCUCUCCAGGCUCUAAGGAUUUCUGGAUUGGGGUGACGGACAUUGUGAAGGAGGGCCAGUAUGUAGAUGUCAACAGCAUGCCGAUCACCUACUUCAACUGGGACCGCUCCAAGAAGCAGCCCACAGGGGGCAAGCGGGAGAGUUGUGUCACCCUCUCCCUGGCCUCGCAGGGCAAGUGGCAUGAUGAGGUUUGCCGCAGUCUGAAAAAGUACAUUUGUGAAUACCUCAUUCCCUAA